CUGCUGACCUUCAGGGAUGUGGCCAUAGAAUUCUCUCAGGAGGAGUGGGGAUGCCUGAACCACAGCCAGCGGGAACUGUACAGGGAUGUGAUGUUAGAGAACUACGGACACCUGCUCUUCUUGGGUCUCGUUGUGUCAAAGCCAGACCUGGUCAUCUUUUUGGAAAAAAAGCGGGUGCUAUGGGAUGUGAAGAGAAAGGAGACCAUAGCCUCAUACCCAGCUGUAUCUUUAGAUGAUACUGAGAAGCUCCUUCCAAAGAUAUUCACAGAAUCUUCCUUCCAAAGAGUGUCAGUGGAUAGAUAUAAACCUAGCGAUGUUGAGAAUGGACACUUAGUGAUGGACUGGAACAGGGAUGGGGAGAAUGAAGGGCAUCAAAGAUGUCUGGGGACUCUUUUUCCAGAGAACAAUUAUGAAUGUAAUAAAUACAGGGAGGUCUUUGGUCAAAGCGCCAACCUUAUUACACAUAAGAGUAUGCAUUUGGGAGAGAAUCCUUAUAAAUAUAAUGAAUGUGGGAAAAUAGUUAACCAGUCAUUUAAUGUUGGUGAUCAAGAG